CGCAGAGUCCGGUGAAGCGUCAGACACACCGAGCAGCCGGCGGGGCAGGCUGGGAACCGGGUACAUGGCCAUGGGGAGCUUGAAGGACGAACUGCUCAAGACCAUCUGGCACGCUUUCACCGCGCUGGACCUGGACCACAGCGGCAAGGUCUCCAAAUCGCAGCUCAAGGUCCUUUCCCAUAACCUGUGCACAGUGCUUAAAGUUCCACAUGAUCCAGUUGCCCUUGAAGAGCACUUCAGGGAUGAUGAUGAGGGGCCCGUGUCCAACCAAGGCUACAUGCCGUACUUAAACAAGUUCAUUUUGGAAAAGAUUGAAUACCUGCUUAAGAAACUUACAGAAGCUAUGGGAGGCUGUUGGCAGCAAGAACAAUUUGAACAUUAUAAAAUCAGCUUUGAAUACAGUAAAGAAGGCCUUUCUGUGUGGGAACUGAUUGAGCUGAUUGGAAAUGGACAGUUUAGCAAAGACAUGGAUCAGCAGACAGUGUCCAUGGCCAUUAAUGAAGUCUUUAAUGAACUUAUAUUGGACGUGUUAAAACAGGGUUACAUGAUGAAAAAAGGCCAUAAGCGGAAAAACUGGACUGAACGCUGGUUUGUACUAAAACCCAACAUAAUUUCUUAUUAUGUGAGUGAGGAUCUGAAAGAUAAGAAAGGUGACAUUUUCUUGGAUGGAAACUGCUGUGUAGAGUCGUUGCCAGACAAAGAUGGAAAGAAAUGCCUUUUUCUUGUAAAAUGUUUUGAUAAGUCUUUUGAAAUCAGUGCUUCUGAUAAAAAGAAGAAACAGGAGUGGAUUCAGGCCAUUCAUUCUGCUAUCCAUCUUUUGAGACUGGGCAGUCCCUCACCACACAAAGAAGCCCGCCAGCGUCGGAAAGAACUGCGGAAGAAGCUGCUGGCUGAGCAGGAGGAGCUGGAGCGGCAGAUGAAGGAGCUGCAGGCUGCCAAUGAGAGCAGGCAGCAGGAGCUGGAGUCCGUGAGGAAGAAACUGGAGGAAGCAGCAUCUCGUGCAGCAGAAGAAGAAAAGAAACGUCUUGAGACUCAAAUGGAACUACAGGUCCGAUUCAGCACAGAGUUGGAGCGAGAGAAGCUUAUCAGACAGCAGAUGGAAGAACAGGUUGCCCAGAAGUCCUCUGAACUGGAACAGUAUUUGCAGCGAGUACGGGAGCUGGAAGACAUGUAUCUAAAGCUGCAGGAGGCACUUGAGGAUGAGAGGCAGGCCCGGCAAGACGAAGAGACUGUGCGGAAGCUUCAGGCCAGGUUGUUGGAGGAGGAGUCUUCCAAGAGGGCUGAACUGGAAAAGUGGCACUUGGAGCAGCAGCAGGCCAUUCAGACAACCAAAGCAGAGAAGCAGGAGCUGGAGAACCAGCGCGUUAUGAAAGAACAGGCCCUUCAGGUAGCCAUGAAACAGCUGGAGCAGCUCGAGUUAGAGCGGAAGCAAGCGCUUGAGCAGUAUGAGGGAGUUAAAAAGAAGCUUGAGAUGGCAACUAAUAUGACCAAGAGCUGGAAAGACAAAGUUGCACAGCAUGAAGGACUAAUUCGAUUAAUAGAACCAGGUGCAAAAAACCCUCACCUGAUCACUAACUGGGGCCCUGCAGCUUUCACCCAAGCGGAACUGGAAGAGAGAGAGAAAAACUGGAAGGAGAAAAAGAGCACAGAGUGACGGGCGCUUUCGGAGAUUCCCGUGUGGCUGGAAAGGCAAAAGGACGGGCUUCACCUCUUUUAAUUCUUCUUCCCUCGGCGCCUCCUGCUGGGUCUAUAGAUUAAGACGCCUUCUUUCUCUUCCUGUAGAUAAGGGCUUACCUGGAAAGAAGAAAACAGACCAGAUUGCCAAGCUCUUUAUUUCCUUUUUCUUUGAAUACUUCAGCUUCUGAAUAUUCCCUUAUAGCUCUCCCAGUCCUGUUGGACGAGGCUGUGUGCAAACAGCACUGUCGUCUGCAGCGCCGGGAGAAUGGGGAGUGCUCGGGAUCACUGGGAAAUCAGCGCCUCUGUGGACUGGGGUCCGUCAGGCCCUCCGCAGCAUGCUUCCUUCUCUGGGUAUAGGUUUCUGAACUGGCUCGGCCAGCCCGCUUGCUGGUGCACGCCUGCUGACGGUGGCGCACCCUUGGCUGCCGCUGCUCGGCUGGAGACCUCGCCGGCUGCACGCAGGCCUUGGCUUGACUUGGCGGGUACAGCCAUGGUGUCCGGCCGCGCAGAAGGUUUCUGUUUACUUCAGUGGUACUGACUUUCGUCCUGGCCCCAGGGGCACACUCUCAAGGAGGCAAAACCCCUUUAAACAAUGCUUUGGCUAAGAUAGAUACUUACAAAUCACAGCACAGAGAUUAACUAAGUAAAUCCCAUUUGGAGUAUUUUCAUACUAACUGAAUUCCUCCUAAUAUUUAAAAUGGUUUCAAUGGUCAAAGUGCUGACAGACCCUUGCUUUUACUUUUGUAGUUACUGUACAGAAAAUUUCAGAAGCGUGUGAAUGCUUGUCAGAAUCAGGCCUUUUCUUUAAUAAAUAAGAUAUGAUCAUUUAUAGGAAUUAUGCAUGAAAAAAGUUAAAACUGUAUUUUUGUGAUGUGCUAUGUUGAGAGGGAACAAAUAUUUAUAAUUUUCAAAUAUUCUUGCCUAAAUAUUAUAUAUUGUAAUAUGCUGAACUUUCUUAAUUUUUUGAUAAUUUUCUAAGAUGUAUUAAAUUUUUUUCUUUUAGUAAAUUGAACUUAGUAAGAAAAAAAAAAGCCAGAACAACAUGCAUUUUAAGGAGUCUGAUUUAAUAGAACCGUAGGAUAGGGUUAUAUGUAUGUGUGUGUAUUUUCCUAAAACGGGUUGGACUUGGAUUUAGGGACACUUCCUGAAAACAUUGGUUUGGAGUUUAGAUCCCCAAACCGUGCUGGCAGUGAGGUUAGCUAUGGUCUCAUGUGUGGUGUUUGAGUCACUAAUGUGGGAAACCAUGGCAGAUAUGUUAGCUCACAAACAGGAACUUACAAAGAUAAUUUCUCCCCCAUUGUGACUGUUACCUCAGAUUCUCUUACCUCUGUUUUCUGGAACUUUCUUUUUAUGCCUUUCAGUUUUUCAGUUUAACCAGAGUAAACAUUGUUGGUUUU